CCUCUUUCGCUGUUGGCUGCUGUCGCCUGUCGUCGCAGUGAAUCAGAGUUGACAAAACAUCCGCAACCUGCCGAUUUUGUUGUGGUGUUAUCAUCAAUGAAAGUCAAGAUGCAUUAUUUGUGCUGAAAUGAGUGUGUUUGGGGAUUUUAGACGGGUCUGGGUGAAACGUUUUCCCAACAGUGACCUGCCAGCAGCUUGGGAAGAGGAUGUGAGGGCCAACUUAGCCAAACACAAACAAAAGGUCGCCGUCCUGAGGGAGGAGCUCGAGAAGGAAGAAUUCUACGUCGAGUAUUUGGAACGCCUUCUCCAGGAUGUGGCUGCCAGCAAGAGAGAGAACAGCGUGGAGCCGGCACCGCGCAAGGUGACCGACGGCAACAGGGGCCGGAGUCACAGAAAUCAGGUGGGGUUAGGGUCGUCUGUAGGGGAUGACGACAAUUCGGACGAGUUCGACUCCAGGAUCAUCAAGUCCGGCAGCAAGGACUCGAUCGACCAGUGCAUUUCAGAGCUGUCUCGCGGCCUGUCGGAGACGGACCUUUCGUCCCCGUCGUCCCCGUCGCAGCCUGUUCAGAAUUCGUCCCCUAACAGUCAUGAGGCUCAUGAGGCCCUGGAGCAGGAGGUGGCCCCCAUCCAGGAAGAAACCAGCACAGGCAUUUCCCCAGACCCCUCCAAUUACAUCACAGUUAUUGAGGUGAACAGCGUUAACGCUAAAGGUGACAAGAAUAAUGGUGUUUCUGAGAAGCAAAGUCCUCCUUCCAGCAGUCCAACUGUCAAUCAAGCGGCACCUGUCAGAAAGGCUCCUCCUAUUCCACCUCCUAAAAGAUUCAGUAAAUGCAAAGACGCAAGCCCUGAAGCACCUGUCAGCCCAGCUGAAGCUAAAAAGCGCAAGGAAGAAGAAGACGCUGCUGUUGCGGCAUUGAAUGAGGCUGUGGAGGCUGCCGAGGCAUCUCAAAGUGCGCUCGAUGCUGCCCUUGAUAAGGACCCCGAUUACAGGGAUCCCAUUGAUUUGGUUGAAGAUGAAGAGGAGGAAGAGCCGUAUUAUGACUCUGUGCCUUUAGAUGGUGGUCUAGUUUCUGAUGUUGAUGAAUCAGAGUUUACGGAAGACAGUGAAGAUGCUAAAAGUGCGACUUUGCCAAGCCAUGCAUGGCUGCAAAAUAAAGGUGCCUCACCAUCUCCUGUUUUUACUUGUGAGCCAGAGAGUCCUGGCAAGAACUCAAAUUAUGUCAAUAUUGAUUAUUUUAUCAUGCAAAGAGCUGGGGCUGCAACUCGCAGCAGCUCUGUGGAGUCAGAAGAUGAUGGAGAAGUGCCCCCUUUAAUGCGAACAAUAUCGAUUGAUACGGAGCCCAAUGAUGAUCUUCUGAGUACAGGAAGCUUCUCUGAAGCUAACUAUGCUACCACCGGCAGCUCAUCAUCAUUGGAAUCAUCCUUAACAUCUAAUACUGGAGACAAGGCAGAAGCAGAACGCAUGACCAUGUAUAGAUGUAUAAUCUCAAGUAUUAUGGAGAGUGAGACUUUAUAUGUGGAAUGCUUGGCUGUAUUGGUACAGUAUAUGAAAGCAAUGAAAGCCACUCUGGGCACAUCACAGCCUGUCAUUUCCGAGCAGGACCUAAAUACAGUCUUCUACAAAAUCCCUGAUCUUCACCGACUUCACCAGGCCUUCUUAGAGGGCCUACAAAAAAGAUCACUCAAUUGGGAUGGGCGUCUUACGAUUGGUGAUCACUUCAAAAUCAUGGCAAGCAACAUCAAUGUUUAUGGAGCCUUUCUACAUAACUAUUCGCGAGCUGUCGAUACAGUGGGGCGCUGCUCGGCCAACAGCAAUCAGUUCAAUAAACUGACCCGAGACAUUCCACUCCCAUCCCAAUCGGGUCAAAAUGUUUCACUUGAAGAUUUACUUCACAAGCCUGUGGCCCGAGUCCAGAAGAAUGCUCUUGUUUUGCAUGACCUGCUUAAGUACACACCCCUCUCGCAUCCAGACCAUAAAACAUUAUCUGAAGCUUUGGAGUUAACUCAAAGCUUCCUGGAUGAGUUCAAUAUGAUACAUACAAAGGCUAUGUUCCCUGCUGCAGACAGGGCACAGCGGCGGUUGGUCCGUAAUUCCUUCAUUGUUGAACUUGCUGACGGCCACAGAAAGCUCAGACACCUUUUUCUUUUCAAUGAUGUCAUUGCUUGUGCUAAAUAUAAGGCAUCUGGAAGAGAAAAAUAUACAUUUGAAUUGAAGUGGUACAUACCACUAUCAGAUAUUGUGAUAUUUGAAGAACCUGGUAUAGAGCCUAGAGAAAGCAGUCCUCCUAAUAUCGUUGCCUUGAAAAGUGCUGCAUCUACAGUACGUGACCAGCUUUUGUGGGAACAGAGAGCUGUUGGUGUAGAAAGACAACGUAGAUCAUCUCGUUCUGAGAAACAUAGAAAAAAGCUUGCAGACUUGGAGGCUCAGUUGGUUUUAGCAUCUCCAAACCUUGUCUUUCGUGUGGGAAACCGCACUUCAAGGGCUUACACAUUCUUUUUAUCAUCAGAAUUUGAACGAACACAAUGGAUUGAAGCAGUGCAUGCAUUGCAGAGCUCUCAGCUUCCUGGGCCAGCUGUAACUGUAUCAAUGCUAGAGCUCCAAGCUUGGAUCACAGCUUGCCGCAGUUAUCUGAAGACAAAUAUGGGUUCUUAUCUGCUGAGAUCGGGAAAAGAUGAAAGCUUACUUGUGGGUGAUCUACAUUUAACUUUAAAAGAAUUGACUGGACUUGAUCAAGCUGCUGAUCUUUACAUCUGUAUUGAGCUUGAUUCGUAUGGGCACUAUUUUCGCAAGGCUAAGACCAAACUUGUGUGUAAUUCCUCAUGCCCUCGUUGGGAUGAAUCUUUUGUCAUUGAACUAGAAGGAGCUCAAAAUCUUCGUAUAUUACUGUAUGAAGAAGCUGCAGAAAGACCUCUCCUCCGUGCUAAGUGUACCCACAAGCUAAGCCGUUCGUGGCUAUCGGAACAAAAGCUGGUUGAACAAACUGUUGAACUGAAUAACUUAUAUUUGACACUUUCCCUGCGAUUUGUCCCUAGUGAAGUUACUUUAAGAAGAGUUCCUACUGCAAAAGCAGGAGCUUUGUUUGGUGCUAAAAUUGUUCAAGUGUGCAAGCGACAAAAACGGCCCGUCCCUUUCAUAAUCACAAGCUGCAUACGUGAGGUAGAAAGACGUGGAAUGAAUGAGGUUGGGGUGUACCGAGUUUCGGGCUCUGCAUCUGAUCUGAAUCGCCUUAAAAAGUCUUUUGAAACAAAUUCCUAUGAAGCAGAGCAGUUACUUAAAGAUGUGGACAUUCAUUCAGCCACAGGAGUGCUGAAAUUGUAUUUAAGGGAGCUCCCAGAAGCUCUCUUUACUGAUGAGCUGUAUCCUAAAUUUUUCCAAGCCUUCAAUGGAAACAGGGAAGGUGAUGCUCGGACUCAAGCUCUGGAACAGUGUUUCAAUUUGCUUCCACCACUUAAUCAGGGCAUCAUAAAUUACAUCAUCAGUCAUCUCAUAAGGGUGAAUCAACAUGAGGCACAGAACAAAAUGUCAAUGCACAAUUUGGCUACCGUGUUUGGACCCACUCUCUUGCGGCCAGGGUCCAAAUUGGACAGCAACAAGACAAGGGAUCCAUUGGCAGCUGGCACAGUAGACGUCAUGGCUCAGGCUGGUAUUUUGUAUCACUUUUUGCAGCAAUCCCAGAAAUAAGAGCAACAGUUAUCUGUCUAGGUCCUGCGAACAAAAGUAGAAGCUGUCUUAUUAGGGACCUAUUGUGUAAGUGGCGUAAUGAAAGAAAGCAACGACAGUAUGGUGAUAAACCUUUUGGUUAUGUUAAAGUUACUGAAGAUGUGCAGGCAUUUCUUUAGCUUGCUGUCAUUGAAAAGACUACAUGCAGUUCCUCACAAAUUUGAAUAUCAGUAUUUCUGUGAAACAAGAUGUGUUUCACAAACAAGCAUAUUAUGAUUUUCCAAAGACUGCUAAAUCUGUAUUUGUGAAGGUUUUUUUUUUUUUUUUUUUUUGUUUACUUCACACAUUAUGUACUUUUGAACACACUCCAUAUGUGAUACAUUUUUUAUCAAGGUCCAUGUUAUUUAUAGCAUUCAAAUACAUUGUGUAAGUGAUUACAAAGUGCACCAAAUACGGAAAGAUCACUACUGCUCACAUCUUUGUGUUCCGAUAUUCAUCAGGACUGAAACUGUUUUUUUUAUUAUUAGAAUCCAAGUGGGCUUUGCCUUACUUAAAUAUGAUCACUGAUUUGUAUCAAAAUCUAAACAUGAUGCUUGAACUAUGGAUAUGAAGGAGAUAUCAAACCUCUUCUUCAGGAUGGUAAGAGACAAUUUUGCCAUGCAUUUGCUGGAAGAAUCAAGGAGAUGAGUAUGGCUUCAAAUUCAAACAACACAUGCCUUGAUUCAUCAUGGUCAUCUAUGAUGCUGGUAUUUUGUCUUUAAUUAAUUUUUUCCUGUCCUUUUUUUUUGUCAAAAGUUUGAUGUUUGAAAAUUUUGAUUUAUUUAUAGUAAGUAGGGAUGGUGGGGGUAGUUGAGUGAGGGGAAUGACCAAUUAAGUUACCUAGCAGAAGAUCAUUAGCACCCAUGCUGGAUUUGGUGGGCUGUGAAUUCUCUGUCUACUUCAUCUCACUACAAAAAUAAUUAUAGUGCUCUUCAUUGGUAAUUUUGCCUGAGACAUCACAUUUUCUUGAACUAAAGCUCAUUGAUAAGACUUCUAUCUUGUUCCUCUUUUAAUGUUAUAUUUUGUAAACCUGUACUUCUCCUUGUUGCAACUAAGUUUCCCUCCUAAUUUUUGUAUCCAUAAUUUUUACUGAACUUACAUCACUGAUCAAGUGAUUUUUAAAUUUACUUACGUCAAUUUGGGUCAAUACAACCUGUGUGUUUUGAACAUAGAUUUUUUAAUAUGGAGACAAAAUACGUACUUUAGUGUGUCUCAAGGUUUUCAUCUCAAUCAUCUCUCAGAUUGCAAGAUCUAGAUUUAGGAGAUUGCACUGAGAAAUGGAACCGUUACUGGUGCUCUUUUCAUUCCACUGUAGAACUUAAUUUGUACUUUUAUACGUCAGUUUGUUACUUUUUACUUCCGCUGGUGCAAGUGUUUUAUAAAAGUGAUUUUGGAAUGAGAAUUUUGGCUCAUGUUUCCAAUAGAGACUUGUUGUUUUUCAUUAGUUUGUGCCAACUUUUUUUUACAUCGAAAAAGAAUAACAUUGCCUUUGGUGUAAAUGCCUUGGUAAUUUUGAAGGAGAUAUUUUUCCUUGACCAUGAAUCAAAUCCAUCUCUUCCUUGUGGCAGAAGUGGAAUUUUUCUGUCAUGUUUCAAUUUAAGACUUGUGUACAUCACCAUCACAGAAAGUUAUUGUUCUGCGAGAAAGACUUAAUCAAAUGGACCAUAUUUUGUGGAAGUCACUUUUGCUCAAGUUUGUUUCUAAUCUACCUUAAUCAACAACAAAGGUUAAAAAUUUUCUUGAUGUGCGGUGUCUUUAAGAGAAAAAAAGAAUGAGCCUUUCAUGUCUUGUUUAUAAACCAUUAAUCUUUGCUACAGUUUUGUUUGUUCUUUAUCAGAGCUUAAAAUACGAGUGGCAUGGUCGUGUUAAGACUCGACUAGUCAGCUCUAAAAUAUUGUUGAAGAAGUAGAGCAUUUUAUUCAUUGGUGCAUAUUAGUAAUGUCAGUCAAUAUUAUCAUCUAGUCAUAGAGAGCAGCUUAAAGCAAAAUGUUACUAUGCAGAAUUUUUGUUGUGUUAUUAAUUCCUUCAAAUUGAGCAGCAAUUUUAGAGUAGUCCAGGUAUGCUUCUGUUUAAUCAUUAUAUAAAUAUAUUAUUAUUACUUGCCAGAGGUCUUGCUCUAUGCUACUCAAUUUCCAUACUGUUUGUACAGUAUAUAUUUGUUAUGUAGACAUAAUUGCAUUAUUUUCAUCCAAGUUGUGAACAUAACUAAAUUUUGUAUUGUGCAUGACUGUGUCUUACACAACUACUUUUAUAUUUGGAAAUGUAUUUUGGGUUGAAUAGUGUAAUAAAGCUAUACUAAGAA